AUGCCGCCUUCAUCUGGCCUCCUUUCCCCCAGCCUCAGCCAUCUGCCGCUGGGCGGCUCCACCCUGGCCGUGCUCACUCAAGGACUAAGCCACAUGACCCUCCUGCAGAGCCUCCGACUGAGCAGGAACAGCAUCAGUGAUCUCGGUUGCUGCCACCUUUCUGAGGCUCUCAGAACUGCCACCAGCUUAGAGGAGCUGGGAUUGAGCCACAACCAGAUUGGAGACGCUGGUGCCCAGCACUUAGCCGCCAUCCUGCCGGGGCUGCCCGAGCUCAGGAAGAUAGACCUCUCAGCGAAUGACAUCGGCCCCGCUGGGGGAGUGCAGUUGGCAGAGUCGCUCACUCUUUGCAGGCACCUGGAGGAGCUGAUGCUGGGCCGCAAUGCCCUGGGAGAUCCCACGGCCCUGGGGCUGGCUCAGCAGCUGCCCCAGCACCUGCGGGUCCUGCACCUGCCGUCCAGCCAUCUGGGCCCGGAGGGGGCGCUGAGCCUGGGCCAGGCCCUGGAUGGAUGCCCACACGUGGAAGAGAUCAGCUUGGCAGAGAACAGCCUGGCCGAAGGGGUCCCACAUUUCCGUAAGGGGCUCCCGCUGCUCAGACAGAUGGA